AUGUCUGUGGCUCGGUUCUCCACCAAGGACAACGAUCGGGAGUCUAAAAAGUCCAGGAAGGGAGCCUCACCUGUGCUGGGAUUCUCGGACAAGGAUAAGAUCGAAACCAUCCAACCCCACAAUGAUGCUCUGGUAGUUACACUCAGGAUUGGGGGGUUUGAUGUGAAGAGAGUACUGGUAGACCAGGGUAGUGCUGUGGAAGUAAUGUACCCUGACCUGUACAGGGGGCUGAACCUAAAGCCUGAAGACCGAACGUCGUAUGAUUCCCCUUUAGUGAGUUUCGAAAGGAAAAUCGUUACACCAAGGGACCAGAUCAGAUUGCCCAUACAGACCGGUUCGGACGUGGUGGAGGUGGAUUUCAUUGUGGUCGACGCCUAUUCGCCUUACACAGCUAUAAUGGCUAGACCUUGA